AUGCCCACAAAGGCUGAGAGAUUGGCCGAGCUGAGGGCCCUUCGCGCCUCAGGAAAGAAGCGAAUUUCAACAUACGAGGUUGAGGACCAGGGCGACAUCUACGAUGAAGUCGACGAUGAUGGCUAUAAGAAGGUCAUUCGAAACCGACUUGACCAAGACGAUUUCGUUGUCGACGACAACGGUGCCGGAUAUGCGGACGACGGCCGCGAAGUGUGGAAUGAGCAGACCGCCGAAUACGCCAGCGACGAUAGCGAUGAAUUACCUGCUCGAGGAAAGGCUGCAAAAAGGAAAAGAGAGGAGGAACAGCAACGCAAAGAGAAAAUGAACAAUGGCAUUUCCAAAUAUUUCAACCAAGGACAGAGCGCCGCUGCAGCUCCCAAGCCCAAGGCAAGUGGUUUUUCCCUCCAUGGCCCCGUCGCUACGGCAGAGGACGAUGCGUUUAUGGCAGACCUACUCGGAGAGGUCGACACAAAUGUGCCAUCUAGAAACGCGCCAACCCGAAACAUUGUGAAGUCAGAAGCGCGACGGAAGGUUCGCGUUCUGUCUCCACCCUUGUCCGAGAAACGUCGCCGAGAGAAGGCCCGUGUGCCAGACGAAAACGACAUGCCCAGUUCGCCAAUGAAAGCCCAAGUCCUGCAUUCUGACGACCUCGAUGAUGGGCCCCUACCGAUGCCGGACGAUGAUGUUCCUAUGAGCGAUAUCCUGCCUUCUUCCCCGAUCAGCAAAGCUGUGGAGCGCAAGAAUACAGCCAUAGUGAAGCCCGAAGAGCCCGAAGACGAUGAUAUUGAUCUCAUGGACGUCGCGGAGGUGACAGCAGACUCCGGAGUCAAGGUAGAGACUAUCAACAUGGCCGGUAGCAGACCGCCACCAAAGAUCAAGCCUGAAGCUGUUUCAGAACCGGCAAGCUCGUCACCCGUAAAGACCAUGCCGGAGGUCAUGGACGCUUCCUGGAACGACGUUCGAAACAAACUGAAUGUUCUCAGCAGCCCAGCCCCCGAAAUGCGAUCCUUCGGGAAACUACGGGCCCAGGAUGUAGUCGAAGAGGAUGGCAGCCUGCGCAUGUUCUGGUUGGACUAUACAGAGGUCAAUGGUAGCCUUUGUCUGUUUGGAAAAGUGAAAAACAAGCAGAAUGGAACCUUCACCAGUGCCUUUGUCAAGGUUGACAACAUUCUGCGAAAGCUUUACUUCCUGCCUCGUGAAUACCGACACAAGCACGGACGGGCGACCGACGAAGAGGUUGGUAUGGAAGAUGUCUACUCAGAGGUUGACGAAAUGAUGUCGAGGCUCAAAGUGGGCAUGCACAAGAUCAAGCCUUCUAGGCGAAAAUAUGCAUUUGAAAUGCCGGGCGUCCCAAAGGAAGAGACGGAUUAUCUCAAGCUGCUUUAUCCUUAUGACAAACCUGUGUUGCCAAUGGAGACAAAGGGAGAGACGUUCUCCAACGUCUUUGGCACGAAUACCUCGCUGUUCGAACAGUUCGUGCUGUGGAAGAACAUAAUGGGUCCUUGCUGGCUCAGGAUUGACCAAGCCGACUUUGCCGCAGUGACAAACGCCUCAUGGUGUAAGUUCGAAUGCCAGGCCACCAAGCCAGGGCUCAUCAGCCCUGUCCCGGACUCGGAAAACCUGGACACUCCUCCUUUGACUUUCAUGAGUCUUGCGUUCCGAACCCAACUCAAUGUCAAAGAGAACAAGCAAGAGAUCCUGGUAGCCAGUGCCAGAGUGUAUGAAGGGAUUUCCCUCACCGAUACCACCCCUCCAGAAAAGCUCCCGUGCAAGACUUUCACCGUCAUGCGCCCAUCUAGUGGAUCCUAUCCGUUGCAUUUCGAAGCUGAAGCGUCGAAGCAACCGGGCACCAUCAUAUUAGAAAGGUCCGAACAGUUCCUGCUCAGCAAGUUCCUGGCAUUGUUUGAAAAGAUGGACCCAGAUGUGAUCAUGGGUCACCAAUUACAGGACGUUGACUUGGGCAUUCUUCUCAGCAGAAUGCGCGAGAAGAAGACGCCUGGUUGGCAUCGCAUUGGACGGCUCCGCCGUGGUGAAUGGCCCAAGCAUUUCAACAAGGGUGGCAACUUCUUUGCCGAAAGACAACUGAUUGCUGGAAGAUUGAUGUGCGAUAUUGGUAACGAUAUGGGCAAGUCCCUCAUGAUGAAGUGUCAGUCGUGGAGCUUGACCGAAAUGUGCCAACUCUACCUUGGCCCAGGCAACGCACGACAGGACGUAGAUGUCGAAGCAGCCUUGAAGACCUGGGCAACCACCAAAGAAGGCCUGAUGAAUUUCGUCAAUCAUUGUGACACAGACACAUAUUUUGUUGCUGCGCUGGUCUUACGUCUUCAAAUGCUGCCUUUAACAAAGGUCUUGACGAAUAUCGCUGGUAACUCGUGGGCGCGCACACUUAGUGGUACACGUGCUGAACGAAACGAGUACAUUCUGCUCCACGAGUUCCACCGCAACAAGUAUAUCUGUCCGGAUAAGUAUUCCUCCCGCCUUCAGAAAGCGGAGGAGAAGUCUCAAGAGGGAGAUGAUGACGAGGCUGUGGACAAGAAAAAGAAGGACAAGUUCAAGGGUGGUCUUGUCUUUGAGCCCGAAAAGGGUCUCUAUGACAGAUUCAUUCUUGUUAUGGACUUCAACAGUCUGUACCCCAGUAUCAUCCAAGAGUACAACAUUUGCUUCACUACAGUUGAUCGAACAGCCACCUCUGAAAAUGAGAAUGAAGAGAAAGUGCCCGAUGUUCCUUCCUCGGAACAAGAGCAAGGUGUUCUCCCUCGGUUGAUUGCAACAUUGGUCGGUCGUAGACGCGAAGUGAAGAAAUUGAUGAAGGAUAAGCGUGCUACGCCCGAGCAAUUGGCGCUGUGGGAUACCAAGCAACUGGCUUUCAAACUGACUGCCAACUCCAUGUACGGAUGUUUGGGAUACACACAAAGUCGAUUCUAUGCCCGUCCUCUGGCUAUGCUCACCACCUUCAAGGGACGAGAGAUUCUGAGGAACACGAAGGAAUUGGCUGAGAGCCAACAACUGCGGGUCAUCUACGGUGAUACCGAUUCCGUCAUGAUCAACACCAACAUGGAGAACAUGAGUGACGCCCUCAAGGUUGGCGAAGAGUUCAAGAAAGCAGUCAAUGAACGCUAUCGCUUGCUGGAGAUUGAUAUUGACAAUGUCUUCCGUCGACUUUUACUGCAUGCCAAGAAGAAGUACGCUGCUGUUAACCUCACCGAGGUGGACGGCAAAUAUGUCGAGCAACUGGAGGUGAAAGGUCUUGACAUGAAACGACGUGAAUACUGUGCUCUCUCGAAGGAAGUCUCGUCGAAGCUGCUCAACGAGAUUCUGUCUGGAGAGGACCAAGAGGUCGUUCUCAACAAGGUUCACGACUACCUGCGUGAGCUUGCAGAGAGGAUGAAGGAAAACACAAUCCCCGUUCAGAAAUAUGUCAUCUACACUAAACUCUCCAAACGACCCCAGGAAUAUCCCAACAAAGAGAGCAUGCCCCCAGCUCAAGUCGCUCUCAGGGAUAUCGCCAGAGGCAAAAAUGUUCGGCCUAACGACGUCAUCUCAUAUAUCGUGACCAACGGAGACUCGGAAACAUCAUCUCUCCCACCGGCAAAGCGAUCUUACAGUCCACAGGAUGUGAUGAAGAACGACUCUGGUUUGAAGCCUGAUGUUGAAUUCUACAUUCUCAAGCAAAUUUUCCCUCCCAUCGAACGUCUCUGCGCUCCUAUUCCCGGAACUGAUGCCGUUCGCCUCGCGGAAUGCUUGGGUCUUGAUACGCGCAAGUACCAGAUCAACACAUCCAGCUCCAACAGCCAGCAAAAUGCGGAAAUCACCCCUCUCGAAUCCCAAAUUCCAGACUCGGUCCGCUUUGCCAAUGCCACCCGGCUAUCCUUGAAAUGCCGAUCCUGCAAAGAGCGAUCUGUGUUUGAGGGGCUGAUGAAUUCAUCCGACAUGUGUACUGCCCACGGAAUCGUGUGCUCGAAUCAAGCUUGCCAGAAACCAUUCUCUGUCAUGACUAUUGUCGCACAGGUUGAGAACCAGAUCCGCGAGCAAACCUCACGGUACUACGAAGGUUGGCUCGUGUGUGACGAUUCAUCGUGUGGAAACCGCACACGCCAGAUCAGUGUCUACGGACACCGCUGUCUUGGUCCUCGAGGCCGGGCAGAAGGCUGUCUAGGCCGCAUGUCCUACGAGUACUCAGAGAAGGAGAUUUACAACCAACUUCUCUACUUCGCUGGUCUCUGGGAUGUCGACAAGGCUAAGGCUUCUGCCGAGAAGGAAACCGGUGAAAAGAAGGACAGCAUUGCUGCUCUUGCGGAGUUCAAUCGAACCAGAUUCGGCACAGUCAAGGGUGUGGUUGAUGGCUACCUGAAGAAGUGUGGUCGGCAAUGGGUCGAGAUGGAUGGUCUGUUCCGCUUUAUGUUACAAUAG